ACCACUGGCCAAAUUCUGUGAACAACUUUUGUGAGGCUUGGUCUAAAGAUACAACUGACCAAGUUUGACAUCAAUUGGGUCAAGACUGUGGGAGAAGAAGCAUUUUGUAAAUAUUCAUUAAAUGACCUCUAGUGCCCCUUUAAUGACCAGUGGCCGGAUUUUACGAACAUGGCUAUAGGUAGGGCAUGUGACAAGGUUUAAUUUGGCCGAGUUUGUUUGAAAUCGGCUGAAUAGUUUAGGAGUUAUGACAAUUUUUAUAUUGGUCACGUGACCGUUUGCCCGAAGAAAGAAAGAAAGAAAGAAAGAAAGAAAGAAAGAAAGAAACUGGACGAUCACAGUAUAUCAGCGUGCUCCGCACGGCUGAUAUAAAGAAACUGGACGAUAACAGUAUAUCAGCGUGCUGCGCACGGCUGAUAUAAAUACCACUCAAUGUCAUUCUGUCGGAUUAGUCGCUUGUGUAUAGUCAGCACCGACGAUCAUGGCCAUGCCUGUGGGCCAACCACCGGUAUCAGACGGGGGCUUUCAGGGCUGGAUCGCCGUCCUGACCUUGUUGGUCAGAAACAUGAUUUGGAUCGGGAUCACCAAAGGUCUAGGAGUCAUGCUGCCCACACUGCAAGACCAACUGGCGUCGGAUACUUGGGUCUUCGGUUGGAUUGUGGCAAUGGUUAUCGCCGUGAGUGGAGUUAUAGCUCCUUUUUCAGGAAUAGUAAACAGACGAUUUGGCGUUGGUUUUGUCAUAAUGACGUGUGGCAUCAUGAUUGGCGUAGCUCCGAUUGUUGGGUCCUUUGUUAAAACGACUGCUCAACUUGCCGUGGUGUACAUGCUCUUAGCAGGUGUCGGUUUGGGAGUAUCGAACGUUGUCGCCAAGGAGGCUGUAGGUCGACGCUUUACCAAGAACUACGCGACCGCCAGCGGCAUCGCCCGGACCGGUUACUCCAUCGGACUCUUCGUGUUCGCACCUCUGGUACAGCUUUUACUCAACACAUACGGAUGGCGAGGGAGUAUGAUGCUUAUUGGCGGGAUCUGCUUGCACUUUGCCGCGUGUGGCGCCCUCCUCCUCACUCCCAGACGGGUUACCCAGUCAACAACAACGGAGUAUCAGAGCAUCUCUGAUCAGGGGUCCAAUUCUGAAACGCACCAGACUAAUAUCGCACUCAAUUGCAGUGGAUUGCGUGGAAUUCUUAUCAGGAACUUUGAUUUAAGGUUGUUGGUUAAUGCACGCUUCUGGGCCCUGACACUCUUGAUGUGCUGUACCAUAUUUGCUGACGAUAUGUGGAUGAUCUACUUCGUGUCGUUAGCGCAAUCCAACGGAUUUUCCAAUGAGGAGGCGGGAUUGUUCGUGGCAAUCGCAGGGGUGGGCAGUCUGCUCGCCAAAGUCUGCCAGGGACCUCUCACUGACCGCGGAGUUAUAUCUUGCUGGAGUUUGACGUCCAUAUUCAUUGUCAUUGGCUCUGCGACGUACUGCGCAACUCCUUGGCUCACAUCCUAUUGGGCAAUGAUGGUAUCGGCGUUGAUAGUGUUAUUUUCUAGCGGUGUUAUUACCUGUCAGACAGAUGUUCUGAUCAAGCUUGUAUUGGGUGUAGAGUUGCUGUCGGGUGCCUUCGCAUGGAUAGGGCUGCUCACAGCAACUUUUUCAUUCACUAUGGGAUUUCUUCCCGGCUUGCUGUACGACCUAACGGGAAGUUAUACUGCUGGCUUUACGAUGGUAGGCGUUGUUCACGCCCUGCCCAUUGUUCCACUCGCACUGCUGAGGAACUUCCACGACAGCGCCAAGUAAAAACGAGGCAAAACCUCGAAUCACUUUUAUUAGCAUGCAGGGUGGUUUGUGCGAAGAUAUUCGUCAAGCUCUUGCGGCAAGGAUGAAAAAUUUUAACAUAAUAUCAAUAAUGUAUUACAUUAAUAAAUAUUUUGAUUACCCCCACCCGAAAAAUCCAAAAAGUGACCUGAGUAAUCAUAUGAACCAGAAUGAUAUACAAUAUAGAAAUUAGUUAAACCUUUA